CCCGUAGCAAAAGUGUUGCGCGUUUGCCUGGCGGCAUGGCCAAGACAUGGUUGUAGUCGUUGCAAACUUCGCAAAGCUUUGGAUACGCAACUUCACCAACACUUAUUCGGUGUGUGCAGCAGGCGCUGGUGCAGCCUCAUCUAUACAAAAUUUGUGGCGGCUUACGCCAUAAUAUAACUUAUCUCGCGUGUAAGUAACAGUGAUUGUUCGCAACGAGAAACGCCCCUCUCGUGUACCGUGUAUGCCAGUCGUUCCACAGUUCCACCGCGAAGAUGGUUCUGGCGUUUUUCAUUGCGUCGGUGUCUGAGAAGACGUCGGGGAUUAUUUACUCGACAUUCUACGGUUGGAGCAAAAGACCGCUGUUCAGCGACGUCCAGUGUGUUACGGCCAGUGGCGACGCCGGCGAUUUAAAUUCGGCUCGAGGGCCCAGCGAAAUGAACGAGGAGCAGAAGACUAGAUCCGAUCUGCUGAAACGCGUUUAUCAGAGCGCGGUCGAAGACAUGAAAAACACGCCGCCCGAAGUUUCCAGCUCGUCCAGCGACGUCACGAUGCACUUGACGGAGCGCAAAGGACAGUUUUUCUUCAGCGACCUCGACGCGGGCGACAGCGUUGCGGUGUGGCACUCGUUUGGCGAUUGCUGUUUUGUAGCCAUAUGCGACGAAAGUGAAAACGUCGGUCUUGCGGCCUGCUGCUUAAGGUUGAUUAUUCAAAGCGUGUCGGCGCACAUCAUUUUUUUGACGCCAGCGGAACUAAAUGCUAAAAUUGGACUAUUACGCGGCAUCGUGGAGCUCUACAUGCCGAGUGGAAGACUGUUAUUCGUAAACCAGAGCUCCGUGAAGCAGUACGAACAAAUGUUGCACAAACUAGUGUCUUGAAUAC